AUGAACGACAGUGGCGACUACGACUGCAAUGCGGUGCUGGGGGCCGCGGGAUCGACAGCAGUCCCGCCCUGGUCCCCGGCCGCCAUAUACGCGUACUGCACCAUGAUACUGAUCCUGUCACUCGCAGUAGUAGCCGGCAACUGUUUGGUGAUCUUCGCAGUUGCCAAAUUCCGCAAACUCCAGAGCCGCACAAACGCGUACAUCGUGUCGCUGGCGUUCUCAGACAUCGGCCUGGCGGUCCUGGUGUUGCCUCUGCACCUCUACGAAUCUUGGAAUAGAUGGUGGGAUCUACCCCAGUGGAUGUGCCAGGCGAGAGACGUUCUGGAAUCGAGCAUGAUUCAUAUUUCAAUAGCCAAUCUGUGCGCUGUUGCCGUAGAGCGGUAUCUGGCCGUGUGCCACCCAUUCACACACACGAAGGUGACCACCAGAAUCACCGCCGUCAUCAUCGUUUUGUGCUGGCUCGUCCCUCUUGCCAUCUGGAUCAUCUACGACGCCAGCGGCAGGCGCUACGUUGGUAUUGAAGACUUACGGUACUGUCUGUUCCAAGCCGGCAACUGCGUGUAUCUUCUGAACCAGUAUGACUAUUACGUUCCUUCUGUUACCAUAGUUUGGGUCCCUAUGGCGGUUAUCUUUAUUACAUACGGGAAAAUAUUUGCCACGGCAAGGAGGCAUGCUCGUGCGAUACAGGCGUUACCUGGAGGCGAGGAACGAAGGAAGAAGAACAAGGAUUACCUGGGCAACACCAAGGCUGCCAGAAUCCUGGGCAUCGUGGUGGCAUGUUUUGUGGUCUGCUGGACGCCUGUCAGUCUCGCCUUUAUACUAGACACUGAGAUUGGUUACGGGCUUGUGUCGCCCUUAGUUGCUCAGGUGUUGGCGUGGCUGGGCUAUCUGAACUCGAUGAUGAACCCCAUAUUGUACUACAUAUUCAGCCAGGAUUUUAAAGUAGCCUUUAAAACCAUCUUCGGUUUCAAGACGGCAACGAAUCAGGAGUUGGGCUCGAUGCCCACUGGAUGA